CUCGAGCUCACACCACGCGACAGGGACUGACAAGAUGGCGAUCAUUUUAGAAACAGAGGAGUUACUGCCGUGAAGGAGAGGCUCGACACCAUAAUGCCUUGGGAGGGUCCCAUUUCUCAGCUCACCAUGGUAACCAUGGUGAUAUGAAGCCAGUGUGAAACGUCGACACACAUACACAGACUCACACACAGACGGUCAGUUACUGACUGACACAGCCAGCCAGCCAGCUCGGUUGGCCGGCGUGUGUAAUGGACAGGUGUAAGCACGUGGGGCGGCUGCGGCUCGCCCCAGACCACUCCAUCCUCAAUCCCCAGAAGUGGCACUGCGUGGACUGUAACACCACUGAGUCUAUCUGGGCCUGCCUGGGCUGUGCUCAUGUGGCGUGCGGGCGCUACAUUGAGGAACAUGCUCUGCAGCACUUCCAACAGCAGCGCCAUCCGUUGGCUAUAGAGGUGAAUGAACUUUAUGUUUUCUGUUACCUGUGUGAUGAUUAUGUCCUGAACGAUAAUGCUACAGGAGACCUGAAGCUACUUCGCAGUACACUCAGCGCCAUCCAGAGCCAGCGCUAUGAGGUCACCACCCGCAGUGGGCGCACCCUCCGCUCUGCAAGUGCUGCUCCUGACGCCGUCAUCUCCUGCGGUGCCCGUGAGCUGCAGCUUAGGGAUGAGGACAGGAUGUUUACUGCACUUUGGCACCGUCGCCGGGCACUGAUGGGGCGUAUUUUUCGCUUUUGGUUUGGACUAACUGAAUGUGGAAAAAGGAGGGAGGAAGAGGAGAGAAAGAGGGAGGAGGAGGAGGAGCAGAAAAGGGAGGCGAGGGAGAGGAGGCGGGCUCAGAAGAGGCAGCUACAGGAGGAGCUGGAGAACGCCCCGCUCAGGAAAAGUCGACGUUUACGUCGGAAGAGCCAGAAAGUUGCAGAAGCAGUAGCCACACCACCACCCAGAAGGGCACGCAACAAAACAAAACCCCCUGAGCCCCCCACUGUCACCCGAAGGCCAAGGACUCGAAGCCCUGCCACUGCCACCCCCAGGAAAAGUGUACGGACUAAACAGGUCCAACCUACUCCCAGAACCCGCAGUCGUUCUUCUGCCACCAAACCUAAGCCCAAAACUCCCUCAGUAACCCCGCGCUCUGCUCAAAUACCUGCUCGACGCAAGCAGUCUAGACAACAAGGUGGCUCUCCUUUUAAACGGCGCCCCACUGUCACUCCUGGAGUGACGGGUCUGAGGAAUUUAGGCAACACCUGUUAUAUGAACUCCAUUCUGCAGGUCCUGAGCCACCUGCAUGUUUUCAGGGAGUGCUUCUUGCGUCUGGAUCUAACUCAGGCGCUGGAGCUGUUGGCCUCUGCUGUCCAUGGCCAGCUGACAGGGAAAGCCUCAUCCCAUUUCCCUCUGACCCAAAGGAAGGGACCCCAGGCCAGCUCGGGCUCUGGGGCCGGGCUGAGCGGCGGGGCUUCAAGGGCCCGCAGCAUGGAGCUGAUACAACCCAAAGAGCCCAGCUCGAAGCACAUCUCCCUCUGCCACGAGCUGCACACCUUGUUCCAGGUUAUGUGGUCGGGCAAGUGGGCGCUGGUCUCGCCUUUCGCCAUGCUGCACUCGGUGUGGCAGCUGAUACCGGCGUUCAGAGGAUACGCUCAGCAGGACGCACAGGAGUUCCUGUGUGAGCUGCUGGACAAAGUGCAGCAUGAGCUGGAGAGCACGGGCAAACACACAACCAGCGCAGGAGUCCCUCAGACACAGAAACGACUCAUCAAGCAGGUGCUCAGUGUGGUCAACACCAUCUUUCAUGGCCAGCUGCUCAGCCAGGUGACAUGUCUGGCCUGUGACCAUCGCUCCAACACGGUGGAGCCAUUCUGGGAUUUGUCUCUGGAGUUCCCCGAACGUUAUCACAGUAAUAGCAGGGAGUCUGCUGCUCAGGCGUCAUGCCACCUGACAGAAAUGCUCGCCAAGUUCACUGAGACUGAAGCUUUGGAGGGAAACAUCUACGCCUGUGACCAGUGCAACUCUGCUCGAAGGCGAAGCUCCUCCAAGCCUGUCAUCCUGACUGAAGCACAAAAACAGCUGAUGGUCCACAAACUGCCUCAGGUCCUGCGGCUUCACCUCAAACGCUUCAGGUGGUCGGGGCGGAACCACCGGGAGAAGAUCGGAGUCCACGUCAGCUUCGACCAGCUGCUCAACAUGGAGCCGUACUGCUGCAGAGACCCCUCGCCCAAAGUCCCACCCACCUGCUCCAGUCCCAGCAGCCCCGGCUCCACAGGCUUACCACGCCCCAAGCACUUCCUCUACGACCUCUCAGCUGUGGUGAUGCAUCAUGGAAAGGGCUUUGGUUCUGGCCACUACACCUCCUACUGCUACAACACAGAAGGAGGCUUCUGGGUUCACUGUAAUGACUCUAAACUAAACGUGUGUUCAGUUGACGAGGUGUGCCGCGCUCAGGCCUACAUCCUCUUCUACACACAGCGAGUAACUCAGGACAAAGACCGGCCGCUAUAGGACCACAGUCCCUCUCCUCCUCCUUCUCGUCAAGAUGAUAUCAGCACAGCCCCACUUAUUGCUCUUUCUCUCUCCUUUUUUUUCUUUGGGCAUUUUUAUAACCUAGGAGGAUGGGUAUUUUGUUUUUAAGUCUAUUUUUCUAAAUAAGGAAAACAAAAGAGAGAAAGAACUCCUUUUUAAAACCUGGUUCUGCUUUGUGAACUUCUUGUAUAUGCUGUUUAUAUGUAGGUAUUUUUAAAAAUGGUGAUGUUUGUGAUUAGUGUACAGCUGUAUUUUAUAAAAAAGAGAGUAUCAGCCAAGAUGUGUCUCAGUAGCAGCCAACAGACUGUGAUUGACACGACUUACAGUGUCUUCUCCAGGUCGUACAGGUGUAUUUACACGUCUGCCUACCUGCAUACGGUGGAUUGUUGAUUGUAAAUGCUGUUUCUUUGUUUGAAUCAACUCAAAUAUUUCUCGGUCACUUUAGAUAGCUGUCGAAGAACUGGAUGUAGGGUUGUAAACUGUCAUUCAUUCACAAGUAAUGGCCUCCCUGUUUUCUACACAAGUAAAGUUUGAUAGAUGUAAAUGCCAGUUUCCUGCCAGAAAUGCACUACUUUCUACAGAAUAGUUAGUCAGCAUUGUAUUUUUACUCGGUUUUGGUUCAUAUUUGUGUAGCUAGUAGGGCAUGAAAUGUUUUUUUCACUCUGAAGUUCUCCUGGGUCUGUCGGGGAAAAAUUGGCAGACCUCAAGCCAAAGCCUUGGGGGAAGUGAAUGGAAAAACUUCUCAGCAUUUCCAAAAUGGUUCAACAUUUGCUGGGUUUAUAUUUUCUUUCCUCUUAGUAAGGAAAGUUUCCAGUGGUAUUUUUCCUGGCUUAAUGCUGCCACCUCUCUGCUCCAGAAUGUAAUUUUCUCUGUAAACCAUCCCCAACCGGACUCAUACUAGUGUACUAGAAAAGUGCCCUUUUGUUGAGAAAUCAGAUAUAUUUUUAUAGUUUAUAUCGAUUCAGCUAAGUGGAAUAUGCACAGCUGCAGCCCCACUCACACCAGCAUUUAGAUUAUGAAUGUAUUUUUAUACAAUCCUUCUCAGAGGCUUUAGAAAAAGAGGCCAUAGACUGUUUCAAAGGUUUUAUACAACCCUGAUUGUUCAAAAUCACCAGCAGAUAAGAGAGAGAUUACUGUUCUCCCACCAUGUGUACAUACUGUAUUUUAUUUACACUCUGUUCAGUACUUUAUCCACAUUUAACCAGAUUCCUGCAGUGUAUACAGAUUGUGAUAUUUAUCUCCAUACUGGAGAAUUUGUAAAAAAGAAAAUUUAUUUUCCGCCUCAACCAUGUUUCCUCUCCACCAGAGAUGACUUUGAAGCACACUUCAUACUGUUGUUUUCCUCCAUUGUUCAUGUUGUGACACAUUGUUGGCAUUUUUGGUUACUACUCCAUGGAUGUGUGUGUUUCUGUGUGUGUGUAAAUUUAUGAAAGUUAUACUAUGCAAAUUGUUACCUCAAUUUUUUUCUAGAGAAAAUUACCUCAAUAAAUGAGAAUAUUUUUUCAUUUUUCUACAAAGGCGCCUGUGUCAUGCUGGUCUUUCUUGAACAUUAUGCAAGUGAAGUCUUUAAUUCUAUUGUUCAAAAUCCCAAAGAAAGUUGGAAAGUCAUAAUUAUAUGAUCUUUAGACAGUAAAGAUUAUCAGUCUAAGUCAUUGUCAUAGCAGACUGUCAGUUUAACGCUGACUUGUGAUCUUUACAGUAACUGUGAUUGUUGAGUGUUCACCAGAGUAAGGCUGGGCAAUUAAUUGCAAAUUAGAUAAAAUUGCAAUAUGGCCUGCUGCAGUCUACAAAUCGCAGCAGUUGCAAUAUUUCUUUAACUUAAAAUGUCUCAAAAUACCAGUUUAAUACAUUA